ACAACUCAAUUGUCGGGGCACCAAAACGGUGUCAGAUGAUACAUUAAUCUCCUCAAUACGUUUGUGCUUUUUGCGAUCGUCGGUUCAGUUUAGUCUGGAAACGAGAGUUUGCUGCUGUUAUUUUCAAGUGUUUCUCGCGAAUAUGGCUUUGUGUAAUGUUGUUUCUUUUGGCAGCAGUGUAAGAUGCUAACGUGAAAAUCGUGUGUCACCAUGGUGCCUUUUAUCGCCGUUCGUGUUCCGGACAUACCGAAUGUGUCCCCUGUGUGAUGAUAAUAUGGUCUGGUCGAUCAAAUUUUAAUGUGAAUGUCUCUCUGUGUGGAAGUGAAUAGAAGAUCGUGAAAAGGGGGAAACUAGCAGCGAUCGAGAGCAGCAGCGCAGCGGCCGUAACAAAACAAAGCUAGCGACGAAGACCGUGGGAGAUAGGAAAGCACGAAAAUAUAUGGGUUCAAGACGGUGCUGCAGUGAGAACCAGCAGCAGCAGCAGCAGUGAAUGAAGCCAAAGACCCAGACUGGUUGGCGAGAUGAAUAUCUGAUUUCGGUCGGUCGGUCGAAUUAUAGAAAAUAGUUUGUGAUCAGCAGUUAUAUAUUCGCCAAUCAAAGCAGCCUGGCAGGAAGUGAAUUGUCUCAUUCCAAAAAAAAAGAGGAGAGGGCUCUCUGAACUUCCGCCGUGAGCCUAAUCAAAUAAAACGUUGUUUAUUGAAAAAACAGCCGUUCGACGAGUUGGAAUUCAGUGACAUCAGCAGAGCCGGAAUAAUCGUAACAGUGCAGUGUUUGAGUUGUUUGUAUUUCAAUGCUGAAGCUUGAAGGAUUUGCUUACACUUCCAGGCAGGUUGAAUAACUCAUGGUUGGAGUCGUUCGUCAUGGAUAAAAGCUUCGAUGAAAUAACAGUGUGCAGCAUGUCGGAUCUGCGGCUGGGAAGUUCCUCCGGAGCAGGUCUCACUCUACCAGACUACGAAACUCAGCAGCAGCAGCAGGCAACAUCUUUCCACCGGGAAAGCUCACAGCUUAACAGUAAUCAAAACAAAAACAACGGUCAACAACGCAACGGUAACGAGAUUAAUUUGAAUCGGCAGAAAGCGUCAUCCACGCAAUCACAGCAGCAGCAGCAGCAACCCGUAUUCAAUCCAUCGAAACGUUUGGACAUUUGGCUGGCGAACGCUAUUCGGGGGUUAGAAAACAAUACGGGCCAGGAUUCAGUUGACCCGCUGGAUAGCCCUACGCUGAAAGGGAGUUUCGCCGAGCCGCUAUCUCUCCCACCCCAUUUGGGCUAUCACGACAUGCCCAACUCGUCCACGUCGAUCGGGGGCUUUCUGUCACCUACCCAGCAGCCACAGUCACCGCCAGUGUCCGGUUUCAUACAGCAGCAACUUCUUCUCCCGCACUCGCAAUAUCGUGGCUUCGGUGGCGGCAACUGUUUGAGCAAUGACGGCAGCGAAUUUGCGAGUCUCCCACCGCGAAUAAACAACCAUCACGGCAGUCAGCAACACCAACAGCAACAGCAGCAGCAGCAACCCAUCGGCCGAAGAGUGCCAAUGCAGCAGCAGCAGCAACAACAGAACCAGAGUUCGUCGUUUCAAGAUCUGCUCAAUUCGCAGAGGAUAAUGACGGAUCCAUACAUCAACGAUUCCUCGGACAACGAAUCGAAGAACAGCUGUGCCAAAUCCAAGCCAGACACAGCUGAAUCUCUGCUGGCGGACUUCAACCUGUUAAACAACGCGACGGUCAACAACGGUGCCGUCACUGGCAAUGGUGCCCUGAAUGGUGGUGGUGGUAGCUCAAUAGGAAACGGUGCCCCCAACGUAAGCAGCAAUAAUUUGAUUUUGCUUCUGCUGAAGGAGAUAAACAAACUGCACGAUACCAAUAAGAAAAUCUGCCGAAAUUUGCAUGAAACCAAAGUGGAGAUGGAAGCUUUGAAGCAUACUCCGCACUGGGGCCUUAGUCACCGUAGAGACAGCAUAAGCGGUUUGAGCACUAAUAGUCAGCCGGUAGGAAUGCGUUACAAUAGCUUUGGACUGCAGAGUCCCGCACCAACGUAUCAUUCACAAGGGAACUACACCCCCGGUAUUGUAACGGAUGUGAUACGGGAGAUCCGAGAGGUGUCUCGCGUCCGCGAGGAAGCGAUGAUGGAACGCAUGAAGACUAUGAUUGAGGAGCGCUCGUGGGCCCUGAACGAAGCCAAUUUUAGGUUGCUCAAGGAAGCGGAAGAAACGAAGAAAUCCGUCCAAUUCGUGCGAUCCGAAAUGAACCAACUAGUCGAUCGGAUGCUCAAGCUGGAGAACGAGGUAAUCAAUCUGAAGGCACAGUUGACCCUUCAGCAGCAGCAGCAGCAGCAGCAAAAUUUUACCCUACGAGAGCGGGACUCUUAUGGGCAAACUAUGAACGCGACAAAUGCUCCAGGAUCGGCCGCCAGCAAGGCCAGAAGAAAUAGUUUGCAUUUGAACUAUGGUAGAAUUAACAAUACGGACGAUAUCUACGGUAAUAAUUUUAACGACGUGACAAACGAAAUGCGAUACAGCAACGGAAGCAAUAUGAGGAAAUUCGGUGAGAAUAAUUUUGGCUCAACGGUAAAUGGUGGAGGUUUUGGCGAUGAGAUGCAUGAUGAUUCCCCAAAUGAUCAGGUGUUGUUGUUGGAAAAGGAUGCGUUAAAAAUAAGACGAGAGCUUCAGGACGCGUUGGUCUCGAGACAGGAAUCGGAAAGCCGGAUUACAGCUUUGGAAAAUAUUGUAAGCACUCUCAAAGAACAGGUCCCAACAAUAACGCCGCUGUCUUCGCAGCAUCAUGCCUCCGUCAUUCAGCAGCAGUUGACGACUCCGGUUGGUCUGGUGACUAGCAGCGGCAGCGGUAGCGGAGGCUCCAGUGGUAGCAGCAGCUCUAAUCACCAUCACCAUCAGCAGCAGCAGCCACAGCCACAGCACACCAAUUCGUACUUUUUCCGCAAUGUCAACAGUGCGUCUCCGAGUGCUGGUGGGGCACUACCACGACCACCAUCCGGAACAUCACCGAGUCUCCAGAAGGCAGCCCAAAUCCAAAGCCUCGCCUCGCCCUCCAAACAAUAUCUGCAUCUGUCCACGAGUGCGAUCAACGUUUCCGGUCCGGUGACAGAUCUGUAGUGAGGUGAUUGGCGUCUGGAUGUGUGUAUAUGUAUUUUGUAGAGAUGCUGCUGCAUUUUAUCGAGAUUUUAUUUUUUCUGAAGUUCAUCUGUACAUUUAAUUAAAUGACUUGACUGCCCAUUAAACAUUACAAGAAUGUUAAGUGUAUAUAGUAGAGACGCGUAGAGAUUGCUCCCUGUGCCUCUCUUGGUUCUAUUUGUCGUCCUAAUCGAGCUGUGCAAUCAUUUGUUCAGUUAUCAACACUCUCUUAUGGCGGGUUUACAAUAGAGAGAUCUAUAGCUACAGACGGAUUUAUUCACGCGAAAAUAGAUGUAAACGGAUGAGAAUAUAUAUGAUACACUUCUUCGGGGUAUAUAUAACCACUAUGAUUAGAAUAAAUUCAGGCAUAUGUAAACGCUUGUGAAUUUCUCACUGAUGAGAAAUCACUAAAGUUGGAUGCAGUUCUACUUCAGGUGAAUAAAUUCACCGAAAAUAUGAAUUUAUUCAUUAUAUUAGGCUGUCAAAAAAGUCCUGCGGUAUUUUUUUUUGAACGUUCAUUUGUUCAUAAAAUUAGUUACAAUCAUCUGUUUUAAGUCAAAUAUGCGCCGUUUUGUUCGAUGACUUGUUCUCAACGAGAUGCCAACUUUAAAAUACCCCUGUUAUAGAAGCUCGCUUCCUUAUUGGCAAAAAACUCGGAUAGCCAAUUUUCACAGGCCUCUUUUGUGGCUAACUUCUGACUACCUAGCUCGUUCGCCAUGGACAAAAACAGGUGGUAGUCACUUGGUGUAAGGUCCGGACUAUACGGGGGAUGCAAAAGAACCUCCCAUCCGAGCUCCCGGAGCUUCUGGCGCGUCACAAAAGAAGUGUGUGGCCUGGCGUUGUCCUGAUGGAAGACAAUGCGGCCUCUGUUUACCAAAGAUGGCCUCUUCUUCAUGAGUGCUACCUUCAAGCGGUCCAGUUGUUGGCAGUACAGGUCCGAAUUGAGCGUUUGGUCAUAGGGAAGCAGCUCAUAAUAGAUUAUUCCUUGACAAUCCCACCAAACACACAGCAGAACCUUCCUGGCCGUUAAUGAGGGCUUGGCCACCGUCUGAGCCGCUUCAGCGGACUUCGACCACGACCGUUUGCGCUUCACGUUGUCGUAAGUGACCCACUUUUCAUCGCCAGUCACCAUCCGCUUCAGAAACGGGUCGAUUUUGUUGCGAUUCAGCAGCGAUUCACAUGCGUCGAUACGGUCAAUGAUGUUUUUUUUUGCGUCAACGUUUGUGGCACCCAUACAUCGAGCUUCUUUGUGAAUCCAAGCUUCUUCAAAUGGUUAAUAACGGUUUGAUGACUUAUCCCCAGCUCUUGGCCGAUACUACGGCUGCUACUAUGCCGGUCUUUCUCGGCUAAUUCAGCGAUUUUGUCGCAAUUUCCGACGAUAGGCCUUCCGGAGCGUGGCGCAUCUUCGACGACCUCUACACCAGAACGAAAACGUUGAAACCAUCGUUGUGCGGUGGAAAUGGAAACUGUAUCGGGUCCAUAAACUGCAGAAAUUUUAUUGGCAGCUUGAGAUGCAUUUUUGCCUUUGUCAUAGUAGUACUGUAAAAUAUGUCGGAUUUUCUCUUUAUUUUGCUCCAUAUUUGCGACACUAUAACUCACGAACGACUUUACCAAACAAAACACUGUCAAGGACUAUAUUAUAGCACCUUUCCAACAAGCUAUAGUAUGACUCGAUACAAUGAAUACAACUAGAACUACGCGCUUACAACGACACCUCGCGGAAAUACCGCAGAACUUUUUAGACAGCCUAAUAUAAGUUCGCGCUAGUGUAAACGGUUGAUGCGAUUUCUAUAGAUCCCAUCAUAUUUCUUCACAUGAAUAUAUCCCUAGUCUAAACCCACCGUUACAACCUUUUUUUCUUACAUAAAAGAUGAUGAAUUUGAUACCGUGUCGCCGAUACCUGACUCGUAUCGAAUCAAAUUUAAGUUUGCUAUAUAAUCUGAUAGGUGAGGUUCUGACCUAUCUUCCACUUUGUCAAAUACAGCUGGGAAUGUAUUUGAGGCUACGCUAUGACCAAAAGAGAGAGUCGAUGUAGAGAAAUCGAUCAAAUCACUUUCAUUCUAAGCCACUCACAUAAUAUUGACGCGGCUGGUGAAUUGGAUUCAUUUUCACCUUCCAUGUCGGAACUAUCAUAGACUCGCAACAAAUCCAGAGUAUCUUUUCCAGAUAUAUCAUGAAAUUUCUUCCAAACCUAUUUGUUUUUAUUCGACAACCACUCAAACUAUCGAGGGAUGCGUUUUGACUAUUAUUUUUGAUGUAAUAAUAAAUAUUAAUACCACAGACAAAGCAACCUGGUGCUUACGUCAAGUUAUGCGAACAAAUGUUCAUCGAUGGGUUGUUCACAUAAAUUGACGUAGCCAUUUCCAAAUGGAACAAAUAUGUUUUAAUUCACAAAAUCUUCUAGGUCCUCUUUCUACCGAUAAUUAGCUUUAACUGGACAGAUUAUUUCAAUGGAAAUGUACAUGGGUAUGCUUUUCGGCCAAAAAACAACAAGAAUACGUUUUCCCAAAACUAACGGUGUUAGUGAUUAUGUCAACUAUGUGAACAUGGGCAGCACACUUCGGAGCUCAAUGUGUUAAGCAAAUUGUAAAUGAUUGAUGGAAUGCCAUCCGGCCCAGGGUUCGUAGAAGCCUUCAGGCAGUUUACCGAAACAUUCGACAUGGCGGACGAAAACAUUCGUGUAGUCAUCUUUUCGAGUUCUUUCUUCGUUUCAUGAUGAUGUACUGUCUUCGUAGAAAACAUUCUGAUUCAUGAAGACCGACUCUAAAGGGUGUGUCAGAUCAAAUUGCAUCACGGAAAAACCGCUGUAGAAAUUUAAUUUUUAGAAAUUAUAUCUUCAGCUUUCGCUUAUAAUCAGAUAAGAGUGUAUAGAUCACGUUGGCCAUGCUUCACUGUCAAUUUUUCGUAAAUUUGGAAAAAUGUCGUCGAACGAAAAAGAGCGUCGUGAAUUAAUCCUGUGCACUCAUUUCGAGAAUCCGGAGUUGUCACAUCGAGACAUCGGUAAGAUGCUGGGAAUCGUCCAAUCCACGGUCAGUAGAGUACUAAAACGAUACUUCGACUACCUAACCAUCGACUGGAAGGUGAAGAACGGCAAAAAUGGAUGCUCCGUCAGUGAAAAAGAUCACAAGCGCGUAGUUAAGCAGUUUAGACGUGAUCCGAGAAGUUCGGUCCGGGAUGUCGCCAAUAAGCUGAAUUUGUCAAGUUCAUUCGUCCAGCGGACCAAGCAGCGGGAGGGCCUGCGUACAUACAAGGUUCAGAAGGCUACUAAUCGCGACGAAAGGCAAAAUAUGGUGGGGAAGACGCGAGCCCGGAAGCUGUACACCGAAAUGCUGACGAAGCCUCAUUGCCUGGUAAUGAACGACGAAACCUACGUCAAAGCGGACUUUCGUCAGCUGCCGGGCCUGUUGUUCUUCUCCGCAGAGGACAAAUUCAGCGUUCCGGAGGAGAUUCGCAAGCAGAAACUAUCCAAGUUUGCCAAAAAGUACAUGGUGUGGCAAGCGAUCUGCUCUUGCGGAAAGCGGAGCCCCCUUCGUGAUGACCGGCACGGUAAACGGGCAGGUUUACCUUAAGGAGUGCCUACAGAAGCGCUUACUACCACUAUUGAAGCAGCACGAGGGCCCGACCAUCUUCUGGCCGGAUCUCGCUUCGUGCCACUAUUCAAAGGACGUGUUGGAGUGGUACGAAGCCAACGGGGUCACCUUCGUGCCAAAGGAAAUGAACCCGCCCAACGCGUCGGAGCUUCGCCCAAUAGAGAAAUAUUGGGCGAUUAUGAAGCAGGCCCUCCGGAAAAACCCAAAAGUUGUCAAAUCGGAGGCGGACUUCAAGAGAAAAUGGAUUUCUGUUCAAAAAAAACUACAACCUGACGUUGUACAGAACCUUAUGGACGGGGUAAAGAGGAAGGUGCGAGCAUACGGGCUUGGGCUCGAAGUAUGAAUAAAAAGAAAAUGCCAAAAGUUGUAUAAUAGUUUUUAUUUUACUGUCUAAAAUUUUCAAAAGGAUCGGUCUACAGGGCGAAUUUCUACAGCGUUUUUUCCGUGAUGCAAUUUGAUGUGACACACCCUUUACUCUCAGUAGCUUCGCUUCGACUAGAACUGCUUCGGCAAUCGCCGUCAACAAAAAGUGACUUGACUAGAAAACGAAUUGACUAGCGUCGACUAGCGGGGAUAACUGGUGAACUAGUCCAGUCAGUGGUUAUUUUAACUGACGCGUCUAAUGAAUACAAAUCUGCUCUUCAUUCAACUGACUUUAAUCCACACUUCCAUUUCCCCCUGACACUAAUUUUAUUCCCGCGUACACAAUCUUAUUUUACGUCCAUAUAAAGAGAAACGAAAACUUGUUUUCUGAUGCAAAAAAGUAGUUAUACCAUCAAUGGAAGGUUUAUUGUCUACUCAUCGUGAACUCAAACCAACGAACUUAGACAUUUAUCAAGUAUGCAAUAAAGGUCCUCGCGUUAGUAUUUGUAAAUAGCGAGCAAAAUAGCGCACACAUACUGCACGCUACUUUACACGCUGAGUAAUUUUCGUGUACGAUAAAAAAAAUCUAGCUCAACUGUAGCGUAUGUCAAACCACUUUGAACUCAAACAUCAAUGCAUGCAUAAUGAUACAUAACAGAGAGAGAGGAACGAAUUCGUUUUGGGGGGAGUCACUUCAAAAUGCAAUGAAGAUAAUUUGACUGGAAAGAAUGAAAUGAUAUAGUCGAGUCGGUAGAGGGAGAUAGCGUCUAAACGCCCGACUGAGUCGUUUUGGCGGAGAAACUACGUGAAGAAGCCAAAAGACAUUUCCGACUGAAUAUGGAUACAGUCAGUCAGAUAGUCAGUUGACUAUGACUAUGCCGAACCGAACCCUGGUCUGUAGUUUAAUGUGUGUCCAAAGCUGUUGUGGCUUUAUCCUGACGUCGAUUUGCACACGGCUUAUGUAAGACCUAAGUCAAAGAGUUGAUUCGGUGCUCUGGUUCCCGCAAAACUGCCUUUUAGGUCAUCACCUCUCGAUCGAAAAUACCACUUUCGUGUCCUCCUAAGCCGAUUCCGAAUGUUCCCCAAAUCUCUAUUCCAUCACGGGUUCGGGUUCGGGUCGCCUGUUCGAAAACCAUUUUAAGCUAAGACCAUAACCUGUCAGUAUGUCAUUUCCAAAAUUACACCUACUCUAGCUUCAGUUUCUGAUGAAUAUCGUUUCAAAGCGAACGCUAAUGUGACGGUCUGGAUACCGGACAUGCCCUUCUUUUCAUACAGUGCUCUCGCAAAUGUUCCGGCAGUCCAUCCUUACCAACGACUUUGUUGUUUUUCAGCCUUACAAACCCUCACAGGAUUUCGUGAGGGUUGAGGACAGAUAUUUGGUCAUCUGCUGUGGCGCUAUAAAGUCAGUUUCAUUACCCCUUCUACUUGCGAAAUGCUGCUUGCACCUAUCAGCCAUCUUGCUUUCGUUGGUGAUCGUGUUAUCUUCCAUAUCCCUACAUAGAUGGCUUAAACUUCUCGUAGAAC